AUGGCAACGGGAUCGGCGCAAGCCGGGGAACACCUCCAGCGGCAGCUCGAGGAGGCGCAGACAGCUCUUGCCGCUGUGCGCCAGCAUCAGGCGGGCAAGGUGGACCUGAAGGAGGCGUGGAAAGCCAUUCAAAAAGUGAAGGUUUUUGUAACGCUCAACCCCCUCGGCAAUAUCGCCGACCCCUCGCUCCUCAAGGCUGUGGCUCUGAUCGGCCGGGAGUGUUUCGAACUUGCCGCGCUCCUCAGCGUGGCCGAGAUGCAGGAACAAUUGCACCGGCUGGAAGGCGGCGCAGCCGGCAUGGUAGACGAGCCUUUGGAAGGCGAAGAGGACUUUGAACGCCACAUGCUGAUGCUUCUCCCCUACUACACGGAUUACGCUGAUUUGGUGCCGCCUUCCCAGCACCAUGGCGAACUCCUGUGCCUCUAUCUCCUCUAUUUCCUGGCCUGCAACCGUAUUGGCGAAUUCCACAUGGCUCUGCAACUGCUCGCCCCCCAAGUUCAUUCCGACCCGCUCGUUGCUGAGGUGCUGGCCCUCGAGCAGCACUUGAUUGAAGGCAGCUACGGCUUCAUUUCCGACCUUCAGCGGGCUCAGCGUCAAGACGCUUCGGGCAGCAGAAUGAAGCUUGGCACUUCGCUUCCCUCCGCCCACGUGUUCAUCGAAAAACUGGUGAAGACUGUCCGGCUGAAGGCUGCAGCAUCUCUGGAGCGAUCCCACGACUGGGUGGACAUUCAGUACGCCUUGCAAACUCUCAACCUAAAGAACGUGCAGGAGCUUCAGGCGUUCGUCGAGGUGCACAACCUCGGUAAACGCCGAGAAAAAGCAAUGCCGGACUUUCUCGGAGGAGGAAUGAACGGCAACGCGUCCGCGCCUGCGCAGUCCGCGCUCUACCACGCACAAGGCGGCGUCGGCGCCGCUGGAAGCGUCAGCACUCUGGCCGCAGGCGUCGGAUCAGGCAGUUUCGCCGCCGCUGUGAGUUUCUGCGCGUCCGGCGAGGUCGAGGUGGAGUGGGCGAUCGAAGGCAACUUGCUGAAGUUCCGCAAAAGCGGCGGAGAAAAGAUCCAAACGCCUCAGCACUGCAGCACUCAGGCUCUCAACGUCAUCGGCAACCUCAUCGCGCUCUUCGCUGAACCGAGCUCGUCCAUGCGGUACGUCAUGCCUUCGUGCUUUUGGUAUGCAGAGUACGCCACCGAGCUGGAGAGGAUUGUCUAG